AUGGAUUCUCUACAAUCCCUCUCGGGCCUUCCAGAAUUGCUUGAGAGCUUUUACUCUAUGCCAAUAUCAGAAAUCAUCACAAGUGAAGGGUUUCAAAGUCUUUUACGCUCUGAUGUUGACAAGAAACGAAUCCUGGAGGCAAUACCAAACACUCCAUGCCCCUCCCAUCGCCCACUCUCUUUACUACAUCUGUUGUUAAUCGAGUUGCCGGGACCAUGGCCAACAUUGCCUCUCAUCAGAAGCUACACCAGGCUGUAUCAUUUGAUGCCCGAGGACGCAAAGUCUCAUAGAGACGAGACCUUAGCACAGCUGGUUCGCGAUACUUCGGAACUGGUCAAAAAGUCUUAUCAGUCUUUCGGAUCUUUUGUUGUCUCCGGCUCGCAGCCGGCUUUGCGAGGAUCAACACCAGGGGACUAUAUGACACAAGAUGGCCUACGGAAAUUUGUUGAUACAUUUUAUCUUCCAACCAGCGGGUCUUCACGGAAGCCAGUUGUCGCAAUUGCUUUACCCAAUGGCCCGUUAUUAGCAGCCGCCUGCAUCGCGGUUACUACCUAUUACACCUCUGCGCCAAUCAACCCUGCUGCUGGCGCUGAGCAGUUUCGCGCCGAUGUGCAGCAAGCUGGCGCUCAGUUCAUACUGACGACAAGUGACGACUGCAAUAGGCUCGGAUUGAGAGAUUCGUGGGUUGCCGCUGCAGGGAUUCAGGUCUUUCUGAUGAAAUGGGGGAACAACGAUCAGAUUGAUAUCCAAGAUCUUGGCGGCGCUGCCCUCCCACCCCCACGGCACAAGUCUAGGUAUAAUAGACCAGAUGAUUUUGGAUUAAUACUUUUCACAAGCGGUACAUCUGGCACCAAAAAGGUCGUUCCCCUGACCAUCCAUUCCAUCAUCGUCGGCAUCAGCUUCGUGGUGGACUCAUGGGGUUUGACUGCAUCGGACAUAUGCCUCAAUAUGAUGCCUUUGUAUCAUGUCGGUGGUUUGGUAAGGAACAUUUUUGCUCCAAUUUUCUCAGGCGGCUCAACAGUGUGUUGUUCAGCAUUCGAUCCCAAUUUAUUCUGGGACGUGGUCCAGGAGGUUCCGGUCACAUGGUAUUACGCCUCUCCGUCAAUGCAUUCUGUUAUUUUGGCUGCGGCUUCAGAACGUCAGGCUGCCUUGCAGCAGAAUCGCAUCAGACUGGCAUGCAAUGCCGCAGGAGGUCUCUUGCCAUCACUGGCGUGCCGACUCCGAGACACGUUUAAAUGCACAGUUCUUCCAAGUUAUGGGAUGACCGAAUGCAUGCCUAUAUCAACGCCACCGCUUAAUUACCAGCUGGACAGAGAGGGUACGUCAGGUAUAAGCACUGGCCCAGAGAUAUCCAUUCUAGACUGGUCAGACGCAUCAGUUCCAAGUGGUACUGUGGGGAGAAUAUGCGUUCGCGGUGAGCCUGUCUUCUCUGGGUAUCUCAAACCAGAUGGAACCCUUGAUAGAUCGCCAUUCAAUUCAAAUGGCUGGUUUGAUACGGGUGACCUUGGUUAUGUGGAUAAAGAUGGAUACCUUUACAUCACUGGUAGGAGCAAAGAGGUUAUUAAUCGGGGUGGUGAGCUCAUCUCGCCGUUCGAAGUCGAGAAUGCAAUUAUACGCUCAUCCAUGUCCCCAGAGUCGCCCUUAUAUGGUCGAGUCACACAGGCCCUCGCCUUUUCCGUACCUCAUGAUGUGCUUCAGGAAGUGGUGGCAGUGGCGUUGGUUACCCCGUUGAAUAUUCCUCGUGUCGACCUGAAAACAUUGCAUAUUUCGUUACGGUCAUCACUGCAGCAGGCUAAGUGGCCAGUCUUCGUCACCUAUAUGGAUGACCUCCCAAAGAGAAACAACAAAGUGUUGAGGAUUAAAUUGAGCCAACGAUGCGGGAUACCAGAAUUGACGGACGACAUGCCGUACUUGAGUAGGCACUGGCAGGCUAUAUGCCCUCUUCCAGACACUGACCUUUCAGUCCCAAUCAAGUCGUCACCGUGUACUAUUGACUAUGACGCACUAUCAACUUGCCUAGAUAAUGUGGUUUCUGCCGGAUACAGGCACUAUUAUAGGCACCAACAUCUCAGGGGCACACUGGAAACCUUUAUCGGCCCAGUCGAAAGUAGCUUAGGGCCACUGAAUCACCAGACAGAUGCAUUGAAAGCACAACUAGCCAAAUCCCUCCAUGGAUACAUGAUUCCGGAACAUAUACACUUGUUACCUGAUCCUCUACCUCUUGAUCAUUCCGGCGCUGUCGACAGCAGCGCAUUGGAUAGACUACUCGCAGAACUGGGCAGCGCCUCCUUACAGGAACUUGAGGCAUCCACACAAGGAAGGGUUAGGAAAAUAUUUGCAGAUAUCUUGUGCCAGCCACCGACGGAUAUAGCGCUGGAUGUUGACUUCUUUGCCCUUGGGGGAGAUUCUCUGAAGGCAGGACGCCUCCUAUCAGCGUUGCGAUCUGCAUUUAAUACUCAAAUUCCAAUCAGCCUUGUUUUCAACCAAGGAACUGUUUCUAUUAUCGCCACAUUCAUUGACAAAAUGACGGAGUUUACACCGGUGGAUGACGCUCAUGAAAAAACAGUUGGCUGUUCAAAAGCCUACAGUUCGACAAACGCUGCAUUAAUGUUGCUUCAGCUGAUCCCCAUUGUUGUCAUAUAUCCCCUACGCCGCGCUGUUCAAUGGACCGCCUUUAUCGUUGUUAUGAGUUAUGUACAAAGGUGGCCAACGAAUCAACACACCGCAGGUCGGCUGUUAAACGUGGCGGUAUCGGUCAUGUUCGCAAAAUUCAUAAUCAGAAUUGUUUCCCCCCUUUUUGGCAUUGCUGCUAAGUGGCUGAUUAUUGGCCGCCAUCGUGAAGGGCUUUAUCCCAUGUGGGGAGCAUACCACACGCGCUGGUGGAUGGUCCAGAAGAUUGUGAGCAUCUGUGGGAAAGGGUUUUUUAACACCAGUGACAGCACGAAACGGCUGUACUAUCGGCUGAUGGGAGCGAAAAUUGGCAAGAAUGUUAAGAUUACUGGCACAUCGCUUGGUGAAUGGGAUCUUCUAGACAUCCGAGAUGGAGCAACUCUAACUCGUUGUCUAUGUCGUCCAUUUGCAGCAGAAGGCAAUACGUCCAUGUAUCUGGGACGGAUCGUCAUUGGAGAAAACGCCUCUAUUGGCGUAGCAUCAAUAGUAGCACCAGGAUCGAUAGUCCCCCCGAAUACCUGCAUAGGGCCGAAUUCUUCUAGCUGGGAGCUUGAAGAUGCUGCCGAAGAGAACCGAGAUCUUUCCCCUAGCCAAGCAUCAAAACCGCAUAUACUGCUCACUUGCUUUCUUACUGUCCCACUAGUUUUCCUCUCAUGGGCCUUAUCAAUAAUGCCUUGGAUGGCUGGUCUCGUCGGUAUGGUAGGGGACAUGCCCUUGCCAGAUGCUUCUACGUUGAGGGACAUCCUUAAUUGGUUCUCACAGGCAAGACGGGUAGGAUUCCACUCCCUUGCCUUGAUACUGCGUUGCGCUGUCAGCCCCUUCAUAUUCUUUGUGUUUGCCGUGCUUGUGAAAUUGCUGUUAGAUGCCAUCCUGGGAAAGAUGACCUUUGAGACUGCGAGGGGCCGAGGAGCGAUCGCCAUCUGGCGAGCCGCGUUGAUGAAGACGCUGCUACCAGUCUCACGCCUGCACGACGUGACAACGAUGUUUGGACAGCAUUAUGAAGCAACAUCUGUAGCCGUACGACUGCUUGGCGGUCGAGUUGGCAAGCGAGUCUACUGGCCAGGCACGGGUCCAAGCAUUGGUGAUUACCAUCUCUUAGACAUUGGAAAUGAUGUUGUAUUUGGCUCUCGCUCCCAUCUUAUUACCUCAGAUGGUCUUGGAUCCGAAAAGAUCACUAUCCAAGACCGUGCUAUGAUAGCAGAUAGAGUGUGUCUACUUCCAGGUGUGACAGUCGGUGACCAUACCACAAUGGGCUCUGGUGCCUUGACACGCCGGGGGAAAUCAUACGUACCUGGUGGCACCUUUGUGGGCUCCAAGGGACGUGAUUGUAUCCAUCUCUCUGGCGGCCAUAGCACAGGAUACGAUGAAAAGAAUCAGACUCAACACCGUGUGCGGCAUAUGAGCAGCGAUGAUACUCUCACAGGCAUCAAUGUGGGAUCGAAAAAGACUUCUGCAGACCACAUGUCCCCAUUCGGACGCGCGUUUUAUCUAAAUCUUGCACCUUAUUAUGUCCUAGGGCCGUUUGUCAUCUUCUGUUACUCUUCAUUCAUCGUCGUCUUCACUUCGUUUUACUGGAAUGUACCUACAGUCGCCUGCGUACAGCUGGUUAAUUAUCUCAUGGAGCGAUUUGUACCUCGAGAUUCUGAUAUAACCUUCAACGUUAUGGUGCUUUUUCUCAUGUCUUGGGCUGGCAUCGCAAUUCUAUUUACAGCACUGGCUGUAAUGGCACUCCUUGUUGUCAUUGCUAGUAAAUGGAUUCUGCUAGGGCGCCGUGUGCCUGGUAACUACGACUGGGAUAAAUCUUCUUAUUGCCAGCGGUGGCAGCUCUUCUUGAGUAUCGAACGACUUCGGCGCCAUUGCUACCACAGUCAGGGAAUCCUGGGGCUUCUCACGGGGACCAGUUGGAUUGUCUUCUACUUUCGAGCAUUGGGAGCCAAUAUUGGCAAAGACUGUGCCCUUUUUGCCAACGGCAGCCCUAGUUUGAUGUUCACGGAGCCCGAUUUGAUUACAAUAGGAGAUCGAGUUUCCAUUGACGAUGCCAGUGUUGUGGCUCACAUCAACACUCGAGGCAAGUUUGAUCUGAAUAGACUGAGCAUAGGGGACAGAUGCGUGAUGCGGUCGGGUAGCAGACUACUUAGCGGCGCUACAAUGAAGAGUGACAGCUGUCUCUUAGAGCAUACGCUUAUUAUGGGCGGCGAUGUAGUGGAAGAGAACUGGACAAUGCAGGGAUGGCCUGCCGAGAGGUAUACUAGGAAACGAAUAGCGAUGGAAUAG